UCCCUUUCCAACGUAUUCGCUACCAGUUCUCCGAAGAAUGAAAUGGUCUUCCUCUGUGUUCGUAUCCAACCUAACCAGUCUCCUACAAUGGAAGCGAUCGUAAAUGCAGAUUUCGGUUCAAAAAAAACUAGCAACGGAGUUAAUUACAAAAGCCGUCAGUGGACUCAAGUAAUCAUCGGACAAAAUCAAAACUACUACGGAACUAUUAGAAACAACACCCCAUUCUAUGGAAGGAUUUCGAACUUAAACAUCUGGUUUAAUCUCACUGAUCACGAUAUUACAAAUUGGUUCAACGGAGGUCGGAAAAAUACCGAACCUAGCAUCCUUAAAUGGCCACAACUUGGUUCUUCCGAGAGAUUUGGAGACGUUCAUUUUGUAAAGGUCACUUCUGCUGAGAGACGUAAGUUUAAUGGACUUGAUACCCUGCCUUAUUAUCUAACUGCACUAAGUAGAUUGCGAAUAACGCGCGAAUCGAGUACAAAUAUCCUGCGAUAUUGUACAGUUGGUUAUUUUGUAUAGAAAAAACCUGUUUAAUCGGUCUACUGCGCGCGCUCCGCUUCUCUAUCUGCCUCGCUUUUCCUACUCUUAAAGAAAUGCGCAUGAAAUAAAGCAGUUGGAUCAUAAAUAUCUUAUCAGAUUAGACUCAUUGUUUGUAGUUUGACACGCUCUCCGAGCUCGUCAAGAUACGGCACAACUCAUAAAUAUACUCAGUGAUACUAUAUACCAAAAUGUUUAAUAUGAUAUAUUUAUAGUGCUUAAUGCAAAGUUAAAUUUAUCUAGAAAAAGUGGGUGGGAAGAAAUGGAGAGUAGGAAAGUGCUCAAGGACAUCCGACUUUGUGUCGUUAACCAAUAACCCGAGGACAAGCUAUAUUUGAAGCACAAAGCAAAGGAAACUGCUCAUCAGCCAUUAGAGAGGAUUUGGAGGUCUGUCAAGGCUUGAAGGAGAGGGGAGGGUUUUGGAGCCCUCUGACGCUCCCCAAUAGAUUCGCCCACGUCAACACUUUAACGAAGGCUACUAACCUAGUAAAAGCUGUGUUUUUAAUUAUUACACUAAGUCGAACUGUCGGGUGUAUACGUUAGUUAUGGUGAAUGAUUCUUUAUUUUUUUGUUUAGAGUGGCGUGACGUUUCAGAUGGUGAGGUGAAUGUACUAACAACAAAUGAUGUUUCGGCGACGAAAUCUUUUGAAAGGGGAUCUGGAGUAGUUAUCGAAGUUGAGCGUCAGUCACCAGUCUCUUGUAGCAAUGCAAUUGAUUCGGUCACAGUUGACGGCGUGUUGAUAUCUGUAAAUGGAAGCUGGAAACGAAUCAAAUAUAAGCAGACGUUCAUGGGAACUCAGAAAUGCUUUGCAAUUUUUGGGAGCGUUCCUAACUGGUGAGAUACUUACUUCAUCUCUCAUAUUUCUCUUGUAAGUAUCGUCCAUCUGGAAAGUCGCGGAAAGGGGAGGGUGGGGAUACUUUGGUAUUCAUUAAUUCUAAACCUUGAGAAAGACUUUGAAAGGUCAGUGCGCCAACUUUCUUUCUAUCUAAGGAACUCGCUGUGCAUGGAAUUGUUUGGCGAAUUCAAUUUUCCAUUCCCCAACCCCUCCUCGAACUAUUUUUUCUUAUAUUGAGUGAGGAAACAUCUGUGUAUUUCACGAACUUCCGAAUUUCAGUUUUGGAAAAUCACUGGGUUUUCUGGCUGUCAACGUCGUUUAUUUGGAACGGCUUCAACUCACGUGUUUUAAAGCCCUGAGAAAAAGCAAUUACAACAUUAUCUGGAGAAAAGCAAAAAUAACGUGCCAUAGAGGACUCAGUUUACGUUUUGGUGUCAAACGCGGGAAAACAAGGGCAUAUCAGGCUGUAUCGUUACUUAAACAAAGCAGUGACUUUUUUAUUUUAGCCAAAGAAACUUUUUGCCCAAGUAACAAUCCUUGGUUAAUUAUUUCAUCACUACAGGGUCUCUGGUAUAUUCAAUCCCGGUGUUUUGAAAUUCGACCUUAAUUUGGAUGAACUUUGGAAAGAAGAAUAUCUUGGCCCAAAUGGUAAUAAACGCAUCUAAUAAACCUUGUAAGGGAUUUAAAGUUAACUGGUAAUGUUGCUCAAGGAAGUGUGCCUCAUGGGCCUGAAAUAGUUUGCUUUAGUAAGUUUUUUCCCUAAAUUCUCAGAUUUAAAUUAUGAAACUGUUCAAAAAUGACGAUGGAACUUCACCGUGUGAUAUUUAAUAUGAAACUAUUUAAAGCACUCUCUCCUCACCUCUAUAAGGAAAGGAAUACAGCAGAGUUAAGGCAUUGAUAAAUUUAUAAAUUUAAGGGUUGUUUGCAUUUGGCGACUCUUGUGUCCGCACCACACUCGACGUUACCUUUGCUCCAAAGUCUCACCGUUGCAUCAAUUUGUUUUGGACAAAAAUAGAUCAUUGUGGUGUGAUCUGUAAGACUGUGCUGAUAUACACAGGAAAAACAUCUGUGUAGAAUUCAGAUAUUGAUGACAACAAUAAGCAUUCUGAUGAUUAUACACUGUAAUACUACAUUAGAUUUGUCUCCCUGUUCUUUUCAAGGUAAUCAUUUCGAUGGCGUGAAUGCUUUGUGUGGUGAUGAACACUUUUGGAUGGUAAAUCAACCAAAUACUCCGGUAGCCGGAGUCAGUCUGAGACGAAAGAGCGGUGGGGCGAUUGCCGGGAUAUCCACCUUUGGCAAGUGUGGAAUGUUCAAGUUCAAGAUUUCUGAUAUUCGUGUUCUGGAAUAAAAAUUCUGUAUCGAGUCCUGGCUAAUCCAAGUUGUUAUUGGCGACACAAGUUGCGGUCCUCUCCCAGCUGAUGCUUGUGAUGUCAUGACAGAAUGUCACGUGGCACCCCAAACAAAGGCUUCGAAGGAGAAUAAACACGUAAUUGCCUUUAGCGCCUUUGACUGGCUAGGACUUGAGCCUGCGAUUAAUUGAUAAGUUUGUGUAGUUAAAUCAACUUUUAAGCGCAACAGCACUAUGACAGUAAACUGCAUGAGAGGCAGAGCUGGAUAUUACUUUACGUUGAAAUAAUUAGAGCGUUCGCUAUUUUAUAGACUCUGAUAGUCGAAUGAACACAAACUGUUGAGGGAAGACGAUCAAGAUCUCACAUUUAGCUUGUUUUCACUCGUUCUAAGGCCGUUUUUUUCACAUCUAAUUAUAAGAAUUAACUCAACAAACAGCCUGUGGCUAAAAGUAGUCAUGUUCUCACUUCACUUUAGAGCCGAAAAGUUGCUGGGUGUUGUACUACCGUUGUAAUACUUUGAACAAGGUUUGUGGUAUGUAACGUUAAAAGUUUUUAGUUCAUUCAUUCCAAAAAAUUUUGUUUAAACUCGUGUUGAAAUUAUACUAGGGGAGGAGGUACUGGGAACUAGUUUAGCCUUCGCACUUGUUAUAGGUAACUUGUCUGUGGAUUUUUUACUAAAGAAAAUGCUGAAAUAAAAUUACUUCGCACCGAAAACCCACUUAGUUGUCGUAUGGUCAGAAGUUUUCAAAUGUUGGUUCGCCACCUGGUGAGUCAGUAUGAACUGUUAGUGUGACUCUUAGGGUGCAGAGUAUUCUAAGGAAUGAAGUUACUUAUGCGUUAAAAAGCAGACAGAAGAUAAUCAGAAAACAAACAUAAGUGAAUCAGAAGACUUGUUAUCAUUGUUUGGAACGAAAGGCACUGGUGCCAGGUUUUUUAAUAUAUCACUCGAAGUACAAGUACUAGGUGCUAACGCCAUCUUGAAUGCUGCUUGUUUCCACAAUAUAUUCUAUUCGUGAUUAUAGUUUUAAUUCCUUGGUAACUGCUUGAGAAUGUGGUGUGAGAUUUUGCCAGACCAGUCACAUAGAAACUCAAAAUAGAAAAAUACCGGAUUACAGAUUACUCUCGACACUCAAAAGAAAAAUUCUCCACUGAGCUAGAAUCCGUUGGAAACUAAGUGCAUUGAACCGCUUCGGGGAGUUGUUUCGCUCGCUUAUUCGCUUAUCCGCUAAUUUGAUUGAACCGAGACCAAUACAAGGCUUAAACAUGUUUUGAAGCUGCUUUGUUAAAAAAGAUCGAAAAUUUUUUUCUACAUAGAAGCUACUUAAACCGAUGUUUGUCGACUUCAGUUGUUGCACAUAAAAAAAAAAUUAAGUUAUGGAAAAUAGAGCUCUUCAAUUCUCUGUUUAUGAUUUUCAUUUAGUAAAACCCGGUUUAACCAAGCAUAGUUUGCUGGUGUGAAUGAGGUACAAGAGAGUCACGAAUAGGGAAAUAUUCCUUCUUUAUGUUUUUCGAGGAAAACGAAACAGUUUACACACAUACACAGGGAACAGCAAGGACGAAAAUGACAAAUAUUUCAUUCUUCUUCCUGAGCUAGCUUUGCGAUGGGAAAAUUUUCCUCGCCAGUAGACAUAAUAUAUAACAAAGGAAAAUAAACAUUAUAAAGCGAAUGAAGUUGUUUUAAUUGAAAUAUCUGGACUCUCAGGGUGCAAGAGUGGAUGGUCGAAUGGGAUUCCCCGCUUCACCGGUCUAGGUGCUCUUGUAGCGAGGUAUUUUAUGAGGUCGCCCUUGUUACACAAUGCAAGAACACCUGUUCGAGAUCAAUGAAAUAUACAUUUUUAUUUCGAUUAAAACAUCAGACCAAUUCGUCCAGUUGCAGAUAUAUAGAGGUUAUAUGUUAUCAACUAUAAUUAAUUUAGUUAGAUUCUGCCAGAUCAGUGACAUAGCAAAUGAAAAUAGAAAAUUACCAUUCCAGAUUACUCUCGACAUUCAAAUGAAAAUUUCUUCGCUGAGCUAGAAUCCGCUGGAAAUUAAGCGCAUUGAGCCGCUUUCGGGGUGUUUUUUCGCGCGCUUAUUCGAUUAUUCGAUUGAAAUGAGACCGAGAGAGUCACGGAUAAGAAAAUACUCUUUUUUUAUGUUUUUCGAUGAAAACGAAACAGUUUAUACGCAACGUUUAGUUUUGUUUACUCGAGUUUCUUCAGUGGCUAUCACACGCACAAGGAACAGCAAAGAACAUAAAGGGGAAAGAAUGGACGAAAAGAGGUCUUAAUUGAUAUUUUAUUGUUCUUCUUGAGCUGGCUUUGCAAUAGGAAAUUUUCCUCGCUGGUAGAGUUAUUUGAUGACAGGGGAAAAUAAACACAAUUAAGCGAAAAAAAGUGUUUUAAUUGAAACCUCAGGGGACCUUUAGGGUGCUUCACUGGUCUAGGUGCUCUUGUAGCGAGGUAUGUUAUCAGGUCGUCCUUGUCAUGCAAUGUAAGAACACCUGUUCGGCAUUAAGGGAACAAUGAAAUAUAUAACUAAUUCGAUUAAAACAUCAGAGUAAUUCGUUCAGUUUUAGAUAAAUAAAGGUGAUAUUUUACCGAAUACUAUGUAGUAAGAUAUUGCUUUCGAUUUGGGAAAUCUAUAGCCUUCAAAUAGAGCCGCUGUAGUUAAGGGUAACUGUGAAGGACAACAUACGUAAUAAUUUGAAAGAUAGAGCUUUUUGUUCGCUACAGCAAGUUUUAAUUUCAUUAGGCACUCUCUGUCUUCAAAUGAAAAUAAAAAGGUUCUGGGAAUUUUAAAACAAUCAACGAGGUGGGAUGUUGAAAAUGUUAUUCUGCGGAGUGAAGCUUGUUUAGAAAACAGAAGUACUCUCUGAUAGCUUUGGGGGUUAUACGAGGGUUUCGAGUGCUUUCUGUAAGUCUCAACAACACGAAUACUUUAGGAGCAGCUUCGCCUCAUUGGUUACACAGGAAAUUACCUCAUAAAUAUACUUCUUAUUUCCUUGCAGAACCUGUAGGGAAUGUUCAUCUAACAUUAGUGUUUACUUUUAAACACCUGCCUUCUAUUGUUAAUAAUUUCUAGACUGCUAUUUAUGCAGGAGAUAGAUGGUAUAGAGAUGAAACACUUUCCGGCUAUUCAAAGAAAUGAGAAUGCAGUUAAUAUUCUAGUGGUUUAAAGUAAGGAAAUAGAUACCAAAAGCCGACUGGGGUGAAAUUUAAACCAGAGAAAAAACAAUCCGUUUUUCCAUCUGUUUGCUAGGAAGCUAUAACUGCAAUCAGUCGGCUAAAGAUACAACGAAAGACCCUUAGAUUGAAGCUACACGUAGAAUUAAAAUAGCUAAUAGCUAAAUAAGCUAUGAAGGACUGAAUACAGUUUUCUGACAUCUUGGAAGGUGAGGAACAUUUUGGGUUAUAAUUUCACUACAAAUUUGCUAAGGAUUAGCGACAAGAAUCACAAUUCUGUUAUGUUUGAUAAAUUAGACUUAAGAGAAAUUUCCUUUAUUUGAAUAGGAUUUUCAGAAUGUGGCCGUUGUCCUAAAUAUAAAGGGUCGAUCAAUGUUUUUGGCCAGAAAUGUUAUUUUUUUACUGUUAUGUAAAAAGAUUUUCAACUUCGGUUGCUAUCCGUGUCCAUUCUCUUUUGAUACUUUAUUGCCAGAUUUCGUCAUGAAAGACCAAAAAAACACUUCCAUACAUACACGUAGCAUAUUACUCGAGAUCUUUUCGUUCUUUAUCAGUUUGUUGAGCGCUAAAUAAACGGGCACAUCUUCCUAACUUCGUCUUUUUUCCUGCCCAGAAUUGACCCGCGAACUGAUCUGACACAAAUUUCAAUUAGUUUCCUCUCCACUUUCGUCUAAAAAGAGAAAGAGAAUUUAUCAGACAAUGGUGACCAAUUUACUUGAAAUCUAUCGACUGUAUACAGGUCAACAUAAGGCUAAUGCUAGUGAUAUCGAAGCUUAAAACACGUUAAUGAAAGCAAGUACUCUACUUCUUGGUUUAUAAUUACUUGUGUGAUCGGAUGGAAUUGAUAAAUACUCUCGCAGCAUUAUUCUUGAUUGAAAAGAAACCAGAAGUUGGAAGCAUCUUUCUCUUGAUGUAUAAUUUAUUACCGAAUAUUCUUGAUGAAUAUCUGACGGUGCGAAAGAACAGCUGUCCUUUUAAUCUCUUUCUCUCUCGUGAACGCAUGACUUUCGCUCGUUUGCGCGAGACCUUCUGCUCGUGUGCGCGGUAUCUUUCGCUCGAGUGCUCGUGACUUUCUGCUCGGGUACGCAUGACUGUUUGAUCGUAUACGCGUUACUUUUCGCUAGUGCGUGCAUAGGUUUUUGCUCGCGUGCACGAUAAUUUCCUCUGGUUUUGCAACUAAUUCAUUCCCACUAUGAGCUCAACUAAGAUACGUUUAAUUUAAAAACACAGGUAACAUGACUUGGACAUAUUGUAUUUUACAUCUUUUGGCAUCUUUUACCGCCCUCGUUAUGGCUGGUGCUCAAUGCCGGACAGAAAUCAGUAUUCCUGGUAUGGCUCUUGAUGGUUUUGUCUUCAAAAUAAUGUCAGCAACAGCCCCACAUCAGUGUGAAGUUCAUUGCGAAAGAGAAAUCACUUGUCAAAGCUAUAACUACGUCGUAGGAGAGAGAAUUUGCGAAUUGAAUAACCGUACCAAGGAGGCGAGGCCCCUGAAUUUCCGUCCUGACCCCGCACGGUUUUAUAUCCGACGUUUUAUCGGCAGAGGUAUGUGACCAGUUUUAAUAGUUUCUGACAGUUAGUUUACUUCGGUGUCUUGAUGAAUCACCCACCAGUACCAACGCCCUUCUUAUGAUGAUGAUAAAGAUGCAAUCACAAAAAUGCUCAGACUUUUUUGAGAUGACAUGGAGCGAACCACAGCAACGGAAUUGCUUAUCAAAGACACUCUUAAUUUUUCAGUUCCCUUGGGUUCCAUUCCUGAAUUACCAGCGAUAUCUUGCCGGGAAAUAGAGGCGAGUGAAGGCAAAUACGACAUCAGCAACAGGCACUGGCUGGAUAGCAGUUUGACGGGAAAGGCAGAGUUGAUUGAUUGUAGUGACACAGUGAAAGGUGUGUAUUACACUCUACUGUAUUUACUUCAUAUUUUACUUCAUAUUUUAUAUUUCAUACAUUCAAGUCUACUGAAGAGAAAAUUAAUGGACCACCAGCGAGCCUUUGCUCUCUCUUGAUUGUAACGACGCCUUUCUUCUAUUCCAUAAUGUUCCAUAACUCUUAUUGUUUGGUUUGUGACGUCACAGUGGCAAUUCAGAUGAUGAUGUUGAUAACAAGGACGAUGACGAUAAGAAAACAAUGGCGAAAAUUGCGAUCAGAAAACAAACGAACACACAAAAAUGUAAUAUACAAUGAUCACAUUAAUUUAUAAGUUUAUCAAGUUCCAUGAUACUUAAUAGUAAUUCAUGAUACGAUUUAACAACAAAUACACCAAUUCACAAGGAGCAUUUAUAACGAUAGCCAGUAAUAUUACUUUCAAAUGUCAGUGAGCUGAAAACUCCUGUGGCAUGAGAUGUUCGCAGACCGUGACAUGUAAGUAUAAAACCUGCUCUUAAAGGCGCGGCCAAAUGCACGCAACAUUUCAACAUCUUGCAAUAAUGUUGGAUCGCGUUGUAAGAUGUUAUAAAGGAGCAAAAUGUUGCUACACCCUGUAACAUCAUGUUGCUACAGGGUGACCAAACGUGAGCAACACGCUGCGCGCAACAAUGUUGACCGAGCCUUAACACAAUUUGCCUCUUAACGCUCAACAUUGUAACCCUGGCAGCUUAUUUCACAUCAGAGAUCACCCCUUAUUCAAACUCUGAGGGCAUGAGAAUAAAGCAACUGAUCGACAACUUGAAAAGUUCUUGAUCAUUCAAUUAGUUCUCUCUUGUCUAUUGUAUAGAGGAAAUGCAUACUAAUGAUAGGGUGUAAAGAGUUUAUAACUCCCACGAUUUUUCCCUCUCAAAAGAGGGGAUGCGGCAAGGACAGAUGACAAUCACUGACGAUGACGAAAAAGAAAAAGACAUCAAUGGCAUUAAUUAUCAAGUUACAUCUUGCUUUACAUCGAUUCACUGUAAAAUUCAUCCUUAGAAAUUUUCACCACUUUCAAUACACUUUUUUUCGUCCAUUAGAUUGUGACGCUAAUCCUUGUAAAAACGGUGGAACUUGUGCAGAAGUACCCAGUAGAAAAACCUACAAAUGCAACUGUACGGAUGCAUUCACAGGCAAAAACUGUUCAAAACCAACACCCGUCGUGCGGAGUACGGACGCAUCCCGUGAGUAUAGUAAACUUCAUUUUUUUUUCACUUUUAAGAUAUCCCACGAACUCAACCUGUUAUUCCUUAUGAUGCCAUUACAAUGGCCGAAUGCCGCUUAUUCCCUACCAAAAGAAAAGAAAAAGCCUCUAAGAUGUCAAAAAUAAGCAGUUUUUAAAAUAUUCAAUUUCCAACACAAACCUCUUAUUAAUAUUAGCUUGCGUUGCAGUUGUUUCCUUAUAAGAGCGAGGUCUGGGGCCAAAUGAACCAAACAAAUAACGUGCAUGCAAUGUGGGGGAUGGGGAGGGGACAGCUGGGGAGGGGGAAGAAACAAAACCUACUAAGGAAUACGAAGAGACCAAUUUACGAUUUAUUUUACUAAAAUGUCGUUAAAUCUCAGCUCAAUUAAAUCUUAAAAAACGAUGGCUGAAAACAAGCGAAGUAGCAAAGAGUGUGGCCAGAAACUUCUCAAUUUUAAUGUAACAGUUGUACUUGUUUUCCAUUUCGUAGCAACUGUUGCAAGUCUUGAUAGAGUCAAUGGACAACCUGAAGAUUCAGAUGACUAUGACUUUGAGCUUAUAUUCAGAAAAACUCAACAUACGAGCUAUGUGAAACACCGUAUGAAUUCGAACAACAACUGGGUUAAAGACUUUACAGUCUGUGCCUGGAUACACACACCAGAUUUACAACAGAGCCAAAAGAUGACUGUGAUAAGUAUUUUGAACGAGAAGAAUGGCGGCAGCCACAACGUUGUGAGAUUGAGAAUCGACGUAGAAGGCAACAUCUAUUUUUCAUUUGGAAGUGACAGGUAAGGAGUUUUUGUAAUCCACAAUUAUCAGAGAAGAAUCAUUCACCUUGUCGUUAUCAAUUUAUAUAAGCGCUUUUUCUGUCGUUAAAAUAGAGAAGACUUUUCCUGCCGAUCCUGUUAGCUCGGCAUUUUUUUGUUUCAAAGGCUGAUUUUAAGACAAGUAUAUCAACAUUCAGUCGUCCUGUUUAUUUUAAUGUUUAUUUUAAUGUUUAUUUUUAAGUUAAGUAGUACGUGUUUAAAGCGAAGGAAAAAAUAAUGUAACCUUUGGUAAGAUUGUUGCAAUGUUAGUUAACAACUACUCACUGACACUGACGUAAAUAAUUGUUUAGGAUAUACCACACAGAAACCAAAAAUACUAGCUUAUUUCUGCCAACAAACCUAAAAAUGAGCGGCGGUUAAAUUUUUGACGCGCUAUUUUGUCUCUUUGGCCACUUGGAGGUGAGUAGUACUUCCUAAUCACUUCCGAACCAGCCAAUCGGCGAACGCGAAAUAGCUACAUAAACUCAGUUAUAUUCAAUACUAUAGGGGAUAAAGAGAUUACCUAUAAGUACAUGCUUGCGUUUUUGUUUUUGAAGGACCUCCCUUUCCAACGUAUUCGCUACCAGUUCUCCGAAGGAUGAAAUGGUCUUCCUCUGUGUUCGUAUCCAACCUGACCAGUCACCUAAAAUGGAAGCGAUUGUAAAUGCAAAUUUCGGUUCAAAAAAGACCAGCGACGGAGUUAAGUACGAAAACGUUCAGUGGACUCAAGUAAUCGUCGGGCAAAAUCAGGGCAAUGACGGUACUAUUACAAACGACACCCCAUUCUAUGGAAGGAUUUCGAACUUAAACAUCUGGUUUAAUCUCCGUGAUUACGAUAUCACAAAUUGGUUCAACAGAGGUCGGAAAUAUAACAGACCUAACAUUCUGAAAUGGCCAGAACUUGGUUCUUCUUCCAGGAUUGGAGACGUUCAUUUUGUAAAGGUCACUUCUGCUGAGAGACGUAAGUUUAAUGGACUUGAUACUCUGCCUUAUUAUCCAACUGCAUUAAGUAAAGUACGAAUAACGUGCGAGUCGAGUACAAAUAUCCUGAGAUAUUGUACAAGUGGUUAAGCCUGUUUAACCGGUCGGCUACGUGCACUACGCUUCUCUACCUGCCUCGCUUUUCCUACUCUUAAAGAAAUGCGCUUGAAAUUAAUAAAGCUGGAUCAUAAAUAUGUUAUUAGAGUAGACUUAUUGUUUGUAGUUUGACUCGCCCUCCGUGCUCGUCAAAAUACGGCACAAGUCGUAAAAAUACUCAGCGAUACUACACACCAAAAUGUCUAACAUGAUAUAUUUGUUGUACUAAAUGCAAAGUUAAAUUUAUCUAGAAAAAGUGAGUGGGAAGGGAUGGAGAGUAGGAAAGUGCUUAAGGACACCUGACUUUGUGUCGUUUACUAGGACUUACCAAUAACCCAAGGACAAACUAUAUUUGAAGCACAAAGCUAAGCAAACUGCUCAUCUCUAAUCAUUAGAAAGGAUUUAAAGGUCUGACAAGGCUUGAAGGAGAGGCGAGGGUUUCGGAGCCCUCUGACCUCCCCCCCCCUAGAUUCGCCCUUGUCAACACGUAAACGCUGGCUAUAAACCUACCAAAAACUGUAUUUUUAAUUAUUACACUAAGUCGAGCUAUCGGGUCUCUACUUUAGUUAUGGUGGGUGUUUCUUUAUUUUUCUGUUUAGAGUGGCGUGACGUUUUGGAUAGUGAAGUGGAUGUACAAACAACAAAUAAUGUUUCGGCGACGAAAUCUUUUGAAAGUGGAUCUGGAGUUGUUAUCGAAGUUGAGCGUCAGUCACCAGUCUCUUGUAGUAAUGCAAGUGAUUCGGCCACAGUUGACGGCGUGUUGAUAUCUGUAUCUGGAAGCUGGAAAAGAAUCAAAUACAAGCAGACGUUCAUGGGAACUCAGAAAUGUUUUGCAAUUUUUGGAAGUGUUCCUAACUGGUGAGAUAUUUACUUCAUCUCUCAUAUUUCUCUUGUUAGUAUCGUCCACCUGGAAAGUCGCGGGAAGGGGAGGGUGGGGAUACUUUGGUAUUCAUUAAGAAACCUUGAAAAAGACUUUGAAAGGUCAGUGUGCCAACUUUCUUUCUAUCUAAGGAACUCGCUGUGCAUGGAAUUGUUUGGCGAAUUCAAUUUUCCAUUCCCCAGCCCCUCCUCGAACUAUUUUUUCUUAUAUUGAGUGAGGAAACAUCUGUGUAUUUCAUGAACUUGCAGUUUUGGAAAGUCACUGGGUUUUCUGGCUGUCAACCUCAUUUAUUUGGAACGGCUUCAGUUCACGGGUUUUAAAGCCCUGAAAAAGCAAUUACAACAUUAUCUGGAGAAAAGCAAAAAUAACGUGUCAUAGAGGACUCAGUUUAUGUUUUUGAUGUCAAACGCGGGAAAACAGGGGAAUUUCAGGCUGUAUCGUUACUUGAACAAAGCAGUGACUUUUUUAUUUCGGCCAAAAGAACUUUUUGUCCAAGUAACAAUCCUUGGUUAAUUCUUUCAUCACCACAGGGCCUCUGGUAUAUUCAAUCCCCGUGUUUCGGAUUUCGACCUUGAUUUGGAUGAACUUUGGAAAGAAGAAUAUCUUGGCCCAAACGGUAACAAACGCAUCUAAUAAACCUUGUAAGGGAUUUAAAGUUAACUGGUAACGUCACUUAAGGAGGUGUGCCUUAUCAGCCUAAAAUAAUUUGCUUUAGUAAGUUUUUCCCUUAAUUCUCAGAUUUAAAUUAUGAAACCGUUCAAAAAUGACGACAGAACUUCACCAUGUGAUAUAUAAUAUCAAACUGUUUAAAGCCCUCUCUCCUCACUUCUACAAGGAAAGGAAUACAGCAGAGUUAAGGCACUGAAAAACUUAUCAAUAACAGGGCUAGUUUGUAUUUGGCGAAUACUUCACUUGUAGUUAUAUUAUUUGAUGACUCUUGGGUCCGAACCUCACUCGACGUUUCCUUUGCUCCAAAGUCUCACCGUUACAUCAAUUUGUUUUGGACAAAAAUAGAUCAUCGUGGUGUGAUCUGUAAGACUGUGCUAAUAUACACAGGAAAAACAUCUGUGUAGAGUUCAGAUAUUUAUGAUAACACUGAAUAAGCAUGCUGAUGAUUUAACACUGUAAUACUACAUUAUAUUUGUCUCCAUGUUAUUUUCAAGGUAAUCAUUUCGAUGGCGUGAAUGCUUUGUGCGGUGAUGAACACUUUUGGAUGGUAAAUCAACCAAAUACUCCGGUAGCCGGAGUCAGUCUUAGACGAAAGCGCGGCAAGGCGAUUGCCGGGAUAUCCACCUUUGGCAAGUGUGGGAUGUUCAAGUUCAAGAUUUCUGAUAUUCGUGUUCUAGAAUAA